GAUGGCAGCAGGGUCGGGUGGGAGUGGGGGCUUUGGGGGGGGGCCCGGGGCAGGGACAGGAGGGGGUGGGGGGCCCGGUGGGAGUGGCCCAGGACCGGGGUCCACUGGAGGGCUCAGUAGCGGCGGAGAGCUGCACCCACGCACCGGGCGGUUGGUGAGCCUGUCGGCUUGCGGGCGUACUGCGCGGCGGCAGCAGCCGGGCCAGGAGUUUAACCAUGGGCUCGUGUUGAGCCGGGAACCCCUUCGCGAUGGACGCGUCUUUACGGUCCGCAUCGACCGCAAGGUUAACUCCUGGAGUGGCUCCAUUGAAAUUGGGGUGACAGCGUUGGACCCCAGUGUCCUGGAUUUCCCAAGCAGUGCCACGGGGCUGAAGGGAGGCUCAUGGGUAGUGUCGGGAUGCUCGGUUCUACGAGAUGGACGCUCUGUGCUGGAGGAAUACGGGCAGGACCUGGACCAGCUCGGUGAAGGGGACCGAGUGGGCGUGGAACGCACGGUGGCCGGAGAGCUUCGGCUCUGGGUGAAUGGGAGAGACUGCGGUGUGGCCGCCAUGGGCUUGCCAAGUCGAGUCUGGGCUGUGGUGGACCUUUACGGCAAGUGCACCCAGAUUACUGUGCUGCCUUCUGAGCCAGGCUUCAGCCCCCCUGCUCCCAGCCCUGUGCCUGCCCUUGAAUCCUCUGUACCCCCUGAAGAUUCUACCUUGGCUGAUCAGGGGGCCUCUGGAGAUGAAGCCUUCAUGGUGUCCCCAGCGCAGGCCCAGCAGGCCCGGCCAGAGACGUUUCCUAACAGCCUUGAGUCACAUAAUGGCUUUGCCAGUAUGGAGCUCUCCGAGGUGGUGAGCAAUGCCAUCCUGUCUGCCUACAAUGGGGGCCUCCUGAAUGUGAACCUGAGCUCCCCACCAGCAGGAGAGGCCUCAGGGUCUAGCUGCGCUGCCACCUCACCCAUCCUCACUUCCAAUGAUGCCCUGCUGUUUCAUGAGAAGUGUGGGACCCUCAUAAAGCUCAGCAACAAUAAUAAGACUGCUGAGCGCCGCCGGCCCCUAGACGAAUUCAACAAUGGGGUCGUCAUGACCAAUCGCCCCCUCCGUGACAAUGAGAUGUUUGAGAUCCGCAUCGACAAGCUUGUAGACAAGUGGUCAGGCUCCAUUGAGAUUGGUGUCACUACACACAAUCCUAACAGCUUGGAAUACCCAGCUACUAUGACCAACCUUCAGUCAGGCACCAUCAUGAUGAGCGGCUGUGGGAUCCUGACCAAUGGCAAGGGUACUCGCCGGGAGUACUGUGAAUUCAGCCUGGAUGAGCUGCAGGAGGGUGACCACAUUGGUCUCACGAGGAAGUCCAACUCUGCCCUGCACUUCUUCAUUAACGGCAUCGAUCAGGGUGUGGCCACCCCAUUGACACCCCCAGUGGUGUAUGGUGUUGUGGACUUGUACGGGAUGGCAGUGAAGGUGACCAUCGUCCACAAUAACAACCACAGUGAUCGUCUGCGCCGAAACAAUGCCAUUCUGCGGGCACUGUCCCCCGAAGGGGCCCUCCGUCGUGCGGUUCCUGCUGCCCAGGCUGAGCCCGAGCGCCUCUUGUUCCACCCCAAUUGCGGCCAGAAGGCUGCCAUCACCCAUGAGGGACGCACCGCCCUGAGGCCCCAUGCCACUGAUGACUUUAAUCAUGGCGUGGUGCUGAGCAGCCGGGCCCUGCGGGAUGGAGAGGUGUUCCAGGUACGCAUCGACAAGAUGGUGGACAAGUGGGCCGGCUCCAUCGAGAUUGGUGUCACCACUCACAACCCUGCCUACCUCCAGUUGCCUUCCACCAUGACCAACCUGCGCUCCGGGACCUGGAUGAUGACGGGGAAUGGCGUGAUGCACAAUGGGACAACUAUCCUGGAUGAAUAUGGGCACAACCUGGACCGCCUCAAGGCAGGGGACACGGUGGGUGUGGUGCGACGGGAGGACGGGACUCUCCACUUCUUUGUCAACGGAAUGACCCAGGGCCCUGCUGCCUGGAACGUGCCCCCAGGUGUCUAUGCUGUCGUUGAUCUCUAUGGUCAGGCAGCCCAGGCCACCAUCGUGGAUGACGUGGAGGUGCCUCCUGUCCCUGAGCCGCUCCCUGAGGGAAACAACCAGGCCUCUCCUAGCUCUCCAUCGUCAGGAGUGGGGGGCUCUGACCUGCGCUUCCAUCAGCUGCACGGCAGCAACGCAGUCAUCACCAACGGGGGCCGCACCGCACUCCGCCACAACUGCCGCAGCGAGUUCAAUGAUGCCAUUGUUAUUUCUAACCGAGCCCUGCGUGAUGGAGAGCUGUUUGAAAUUGUAAUUCAGAAAAUGGUGGACCGUUGGUCAGGCUCCAUUGAGGCUGGAGUGACUGCUAUUCGGCCUGAAGAUCUUGAGUUCCCCAACACCAUGACAGACAUUGACUAUGAUACGUGGAUGCUGAGCGGCACAGCUAUCAUGCAGGACGGGAACACAAUGCGGAACAACUAUGGCUGUGACCUGGAUGCCUUGGGCACGGGGGCCCGCAUUGGGAUGAUGCGGACUGCCAAGGGUGACCUCCACUACUUCAUCAAUGGCCAGGACCAGGGCGCCGCCUGCUCAGGCUUGCCUCUGGGUAAAGAGGUGUAUGCGGUGGUGGAUCUGUAUGGCCAGUGCGUCCAAGUGUCUAUCACCAAUGCCACUGGCCCCAUGGACAACAGCCUGGCGACUAGCAACACAGCCACUGAGAAGUCCUUCCCCCUGCACUCCCCAGUGGCUGGCGUGGCUCACCGCUUCCACAGUACCUGUGGCAAGAACAUCACCCUUGAGGAGGAUGGCACACGUGCCGUGCGCACGACUGGCUAUGCUCAUGGCCUCGUCUUUAGCACCAAAGAGCUCAAGGCUGAAGAAGUCUUUGAGGUGAAAGUAGAAGAGUUGGAUGAGAAGUGGGCAGGCUCCCUCCGGCUGGGGCUGACCACACUACCUCCGGGGGAGAUGGGGCCGGGGGCAGCCGGCGGCCCAGGGCUGCCUCCCUCCCUCCCAGAGCUCCGGACUAAGACUACAUGGGUGGUAUCCAGCUGUGAAGUGAGACGUGAUGGGCAGCUCCAGAGGAUGAACUAUGGCCGCAACCUUGAAAGGCUGGGGGUGGGGAGCUGUGUGGGCAUCCGCCGGGGUGCAGAUGACACAAUGCACAUCCUGGUAGAUGGAGAGGAUAUGGGUCCUGCCGCCACUGGCAUUGCCAAGAACGUCUGGGCUGUGCUGGACCUCUACGGGCCGGUGCGGAGCGUGUCUAUUGUCAGCUCCACGAGGCUGGAGGAGCCAGAAGGCACCCAGCCCCCUUCUCCCAGCUCAGACACUGGGAGCAGAAGUGAAGGCGAAGAGGAUGAGGAGGGCGAGGAGCGUGGGCGAGGUGGCCAGAAUCCAGUGCCGGUCAUGCCCACAGCUCUCGAGUUCCUAGAAAACCAUGGGAAGAACAUCCUUUUAUCCAAUAGGAAUCGUACAGCCACUCGGGUAGCCAGCUACAAUCAGGGCAUCGUGGUCAUCAACCAGCCCCUGGUGCCUCAGCUGCUGGUCCAGGUGCGGAUAGACUUCCUGAACCGACAGUGGACAUCUUCCCUUGUCCUGGGAGUCAUCACUUGUCCACCGGAGAGACUCAACUUCCCUGCUUCUGCCUGUGCCCUCAAACGGGCAGCCUGGCUACUUCGGGGCCGUGGGGUCUUCCACAAUGGUCUUAAGAUCUGUGAGAAGUUUGGACCAAAUCUGGACUCGUGUCCAGAAGGCACCAUCCUGGGACUGCGGCUAGACGACUCAGGGGGGCUGCACCUCCACAUCAAUGGAGUAGACCAGGGAGUGGCUGUAGCGGAUGUCCCUCAGCCCUGCCACGUGCUCGUGGACCUCUAUGGGCAGUGUGAACAGGUGACAGUCGUGAGCCCUGAAAUAGGGACUGCCUGUGGCAAGGGUGCUGCCACCCAAGGGGACAUGGAGAAAGCUGACAUGGUGGACGGUAUCAAGGAGAGUGUGUGUUGGGGUCCCCCCCCAGCUGCCAGCCCUCUAAAGAGCUGCGAGUACCAUGCUCUCUGUUCCCGUUUUCAAGAGUUGCUGCUGCUUCCUGAAGAUUACUUCAUGCCUCCACCCAAACGUAGCCUGUGCUACUGUGAGUCUUGCCGGAAGCUUCGAGGGGAUGAGGCCCAUAGGCGGCGAGGCGAGCCCCCACGAGAGUAUGCACUGCCCUUCGGCUGGUGCAGGUUCAACCUCAGAGUGAAUCCACGCCUGGAGGCUGGGACACUAAGCAAGAAGUGGCACAUGGCUUACCACGGGAGCAGUGUUGGGGCCAUCCGCAGGGUGCUAGACCGAGGAGAGCUGGGAGCAGGUACUGCUUCCAUCCUGAGCUGCCGGCCCCUGAAGGGUGAGCCUGGGGUGGGAUUUGAGGAGCCUGGUGAGAAUUGUGCACCUCCCCGGGAGGAGCAGCCCCCUCCAGUGCUGCUGUCUCCCUCCCUUCAAUAUGCUGGGUCUGAGACCCUAGCAUCCAAAGUGCAAUUCCGAGACCCCAAAUCCCAGAGGACGCACCAGGCCCAGGUGGCAUUCCAAGUGUGUGUGCGCCCUGGCUCCUACACUCCGGGGCCCCCCUCGGCAGCCCUCCAAGAGCCUCCAGACCUCCACUUCAGUCCUGCAGAACUGGAAUGGGUAACCAAGGAGAAGGGAGCCACUCUCCUCUACGCACUGCUGGUACGGGUGGAAUGA